AUGGGCAACGUUUAUACCACGCCGCCCAUGAGGUUGGUAUACUCGCGGUGGCGCUCGGCGGACCUCCCCGACACACCUGGCAGCCAUAUUUCGGAGCCGUGUCAUUUGCCUGCAUUGGCAGGGAGGAGUUGGGCGGUGGCCCCGCCUUGGACCGAGCUCGAUUUGUCGAUGGUGGCCCAUCGCAUCAUGGAGCUCAGCAACGGCGCAAAAUCCACCAGGAGGUCCAAUAUGGCCAAACCCCGCUCUCUCCACCGCGCCCCCGCGCCCCCGCGCCCCCCAACAGCCAACGAGUGA